AAGCAUAUCGAAUGGAACAUCGAAAAUUCUCCAUCAUGCUUGUCUCCAUCUACUCGAGAAUCAGCAUCAUUUAAAAAAAAAGCCGACGGGAUAAACCAAAGGAGUUAUUCAAAAAAGAAAAAAAAGCCGAACCGGAAGACACCAGAACAAUAAGAGAGCGCUCAGACAUGGCCAGCACCCAGACCAGUUUGAAGAGCCCCUUCAAAGGCCUGAGCUCCUUCAAAGGCAGCAUGAAGCGCCUGUACCGCGAGCGUCUGGAGGACGCGCCCAUCAAGAAGCGAGUGAUGGCCGAGAUCAAGCUGAAGCGCCGCAGCUUGGAGUCCUUCCAUAAGGCGGCCAAGGUGAAGCGGGAGCGCGUGGACGAGACGCACCACCACCACGAGCAGCAGCAGCAGCAGCAGCUUCCCCACCGCAACGCGGACGCGGAAGCCGAGUUGCACGCGGCCGCCUCGGCCAAAGCGCUGGACCUGAGCCCGGGGCUCAAACACACGCUGGCCCAGUUCACGCUGAGCAGCCAGAGCUCCCUCGGGGGCCCGGCCGCCUUCUCGGCGCGCACCGGCCUCGAGCCUUCCCACGCCGGCAUGCCCCCGCUGCCCUCCCCUCCCGUCUUGGGAGGCGGCCCCCUGCUGGUCCCCUGCGACAGCUCCACGGAGCUCACCCACUCGCUGCUGGAGGGCGAGUCCAUCUCCUGCUUCGUGGUGGGCGGCGAGAAGCGGCUGUGCCUGCCGCAGGUGCUCAACUCGGUGCUGCGCGACUUCUCGCUGCAGCAGAUCAACACGGUGUGCGACGAGCUCUACGUGUACUGCUCGCGCUGCGACGCGGAGCAGCUGCACAUCCUCAAGGUGCUGGGCAUCCUGCCCUUCAACGCGCCGUCCUGCGGCCUCAUCACGCUGACGGACGCGCAGCGGCUGUGCAACGCGCUGCUGCGCCCCGGCGCCGCGCCGCCCGCCGAGCUGGGCGCCGAGCCGUCGGGCCGGGGCCCGCCGAAAGAAAGCCGGGCCGGCUUCCAGGUGGAGCACCGGUGCCUGGGCAAGUGCCAGGGCCUGUUCCUGCCGCAGUUCUACGCGCAGCCCGAGGCGCCCUGCGUCCAGUGCGUGGAGUGCCACCUGCUCUUCUCGCCGCAGAAGUUCGUCAUGCAUUCGCACAAGUCGCCCGACAAGAGGACCUGCCACUGGGGAUUCGACUCGGCCAAGUGGCCCUGCUACCUGCAGCUGGGCAGGAAGUACCAGGGCUCGCCCGAGGAGGCCGAGCUCAAGCGGCUGCUGGACCAGGUCAAGGGCAAGUUCCACUACCAGCUCAAGAGGGCUCUCGACCGGAAGACGGCUGCGGCAGAUGAAGACCAGGAGAACCAAGCGCGCAAAUCCUCUGCAGACCUCUGCCCCCCCAGCGGCAAGCUGGCUGAAACCGAGCCCACGAGGAAGGUUAAGAUGUCGCCGACCGUGGUGUACAAUCAGCUUUUCCCGGACAUCAAGGAGGAGCCGGGACACCCCGCCCUGGUCCACCCGAGCUACUACCUGUACACGUACGAUAAGAUGGUGGCUCCCAACGUGUCCCUGCGCAGGGAGGCAGAGAUGAGCCCCGAGAUACUCGGCGCGCUGCUCAAACAUCAAUAUGGCCGAGGAGCGCCGCACCACGACGAGCCUCCCAUGGAUCUCCACGCGUCGCCUCCGCUGGCUGAGGAGGCCAAAUCCCAACACGCUGCCGAGCGGGAAUGCCAAGCCCAGGCAGUUUCCAUGGAGACGAGCAGCCUGAGCGGCAAGAUAGCCGCCCGCUCCCACAGCCCUCCUCCUUCCCCUCUUCAUCCCGCAUCGCCGCCGCCCGUGACGGAGGCGGCGGACGAAGAUGCCGGAUGCGCCGUGAACAUGACGUUGGGCGGGCCGGAGGACGACAAGGACAGGAUCGUAGUGGAGAUCGUGCAGAUGUACGGCAGGCAGCAGGAGAAGCUGAACUCCACCCUGCACAAGCAGCUCCAACUGGAGAUGGAGCUGGAGGCGUUGCGCGGCGGCGAGGCGGCGCGGCUCCGCGAGUUGAGCGCCGAGCAGCGGGAGCUGCGCACCGAGCUGGAGGCGGCGCACAGCGAGCAGGCGCGUCAGCUCGGCCAGGCCCGCCGGGAGCAGCUGGAGCUGGAGACGCGUCUGGAGCAGCUUCGGCAGCAGACGUGCGCUUGCGAACCCGCUGCUCAGCGCCAGCAGCAGGCGCAUUACGCCGCGCAGUUGUCGGAUCUUCGCCAGAGGCUGGAACGCGCCGAGGCCGACCGGCAGGAGCUGCAGGAGGAGCUGAGACGCGAACGGGAGGCGCGCGAGAACCUGGAGCGCACCAUCGCCCAGCUCAAGCAGCAGAUGGCCCAGUCGGGCGCCGCCGUCCCCGCCGGGGGCAGCCCCUCGCCUCCCCUUACCCCGUCUACCGGGCCCCCCAACGCCCAUUCGCCCGCCUCCUCCUCCUCCUCCCCGUCCUCAUCCUCCUCCUUCUCAGAGGUCCCAAAGUAAACGGCAGCCCUCUUCUGCUUUCACUGUAGGACUUUUGUAAUUUAACAAAGAAGAGUUUUGUCUUUUUUAUUAUUAUUAUUAUUAUUGGUAAUCCUUCUUCUGCUCUCAGCAAACAUAUUUAAAAACCUUUUUGGUUUGUUUGGCAUGUGAUUUCAAUUGAUAGCCACCACCAUUCGCGCUGCUUGUUUUGCAUUCCCUCGGCACACCUGGCGGACGGGUGAGCGCUCAUCUUUUCUGAGAGCAAAGUGAAAUUAUGUCACGGAAAACGGAGGACGACUACUAUCGCCCCCUUGCUCUGCGAAGCCGUCCUCCCUCCGCACGCACCACUGUGGCAUUCUUCCACGUCCACCGAAAAACAAAACAAAACAAAACACUGUGCUACUUUUUUUCCAGGGUACUUGAGUCACCCGAUCACCACCCUUUCCCCAUCAUCCCUCUGGGAAAGGAAUGAGGGUUUUAUUUUGUUUGUUUGUUUCUUUCUUUGUUUUCUGCGCCGAACAUGAAGGCAGCUUUUUGAUAAUAACGCAAGCUUGCAGCCCCGCCCCUUGAUUUGACCUGAAUGUGGGACAGAAGGUGACACCAGUUACUUGAUCGUUAUGCUGCCCGACUGAACAAAACGGCGGCGGGAAAGGAAGUAUGAGAGGGGCGACGCCCCAUGGAGGGUUGACUUUGACAAGCGCCCCUCCAGCACCGGAGCACCGCUUUUUGUCACGUUACCAGGCAAAAUGUGCUUUUUAUUGCCUCGUGGGAGUUCAAAGUCAUCGGUGUGUGUGUGUGUGUGUGUGUGUGUGUGUG